UCGCGCUGUCGGACACGAGCGGAAGUGCGGCUGGUUGUUUCCGAGACGCUGAGGGUCGGUAGUCGGUAGUCGGUAGUCGGGACGCCUCCCGCAGACAGCAGUCACGUCCGCAUGUCGCCGCACAUUCUUCCGCCUUGACUCGCCUGCCGCCCCGGAUGAAGAUCACCCGGAAUGCCAAAAGAAAAAUAUGAUCCUCCAGAUCCUCGCCGAUGUUACACCAUCAUGUCAGCGGAGGAGGUGGCCAGCGGGAAGAAGUCUCAGUGGUUGGAGCUGGAGAUAUCUGGGCGCGUGCGGAGUCUGAGCAGCUCGCUGUGGACGCUCACCCACCUGACGGCGCUGCACAUCAACGACAACAACCUGAGCCGCCUCCCGCCGGACAUCGCCAAGCUGCCCCACCUGGUCUACCUGAACCUGUCGUCCAACAAGCUCCGCAGUCUGCCGGCCGAGCUGGGCAACAUGGUCUCUCUCAGGGAACUGCUUUUAAACAACAACCUUUUACGUGUGCUGCCUUACGAACUCGGGAAGCUUUUCCAGCUGCAAACACUCGGCCUGAAAGGAAACCCUUUGUCCCAAGACAUCCUCAACUUGUACCAGGAAGCGGACGGAACCAGGAAGCUUUUAAACCACAUGCUGGACCAUCUAGCGGUGCACCCGGAGCAGCUCCCGCAAAGACCGUGGAUCACGCUUCAAGAACGGGACCAGGUGGUCUCCACAGCGGCCUUCACCGUCAUGUGCUACAACGUGCUGUGCGACAAGUACGCCACGCGGCAGCUCUACGGCUACUGUCCCACCUGGGCGCUCACCUGGGAGUACCGCAAGAAAGGCAUCAUGGAGGAGAUCAACAACUGCGACGCCGACAUCAUCAGUCUACAGGAGGUGGAGACGGAGCAGUACUACUCCUUGUUCCUGGAGACUCUGAAGGAGCGCGGCUACGACGGAUACUUCUGCCCAAAGUCUCGAGCCAAGCUGGUGUCGGAGCAGGAGAGGAAACACGUGGACGGAUGUGCAGUUUUCUUCAAGACGGAGAAGUUCAGUCUGGUGCAGAAACACACGGUGGAGUUCAACCAGGUGGCCAUGGCCAACUGUGAAGGGUCAGAGGUGAUGUUGAACAGAGUCAUGACCAAGGACAACAUUGGUGUGGCCGUGCUGCUCCAACUCAACAACCACCUCUUCUCUGGUGGUUUGAAGGCGGAGCGUCAGCUGCUCCUGGUGGCCAACGCCCACAUGCACUGGGACCCUGAGUACUCUGACGUCAAGCUGAUCCAGACCAUGAUGUUCCUGUCCGAGCUGAAGAGCAUCGCCGAGGGGGCGUCGGCCUCCGCGGACCCCGCCUCGCCGACCUCUGACCCCGCCGCCAUCCCCAUCGUCCUGUGCGCCGACCUCAACUCGCUGCCCGACUCCGGUGUGGUGGAGUACCUGAGCAACGGGGGCGUGGCCGACAACCACAAGGACUUCAAGGAGCUGCGCUACAGCGAAUGUCUCAGUAACUUCAGUUGCAACGCCAACAAUGGAAGCAUCACACACAGCUUCCAGCUCAAGAGUGCCUACCAGGGCGGACUCAUGCCUUACACCAACUACACCCACGACUUCAAGGGCGUGAUCGACUACAUCUUUUUCACGAGGACCCGCAUGAGCGUUCUGGGCCUUCUGGGCCCGCUGGACGCCGGCUGGCUGGCGGACAACAAGAUCUCGGGCUGCCCGCACCCCCACGUGCCCUCGGACCACUUCUCCCUGCUGGCACAGCUGGAGCUGCGCCCGCUCGACCCCCCCUCGCUCAACGGCCUGCACCCGCCCGUGCACAGGUAGUGAAGCCCCGCCCCCUCCCGUCUCCUUUUUUUAAAAAGCGCUUUGUAAGGGACCGUGUACAGUUUCUCCAGCCGGAUGCCACGCCCCCCUCCAGUCACAAGCCACGCCCCUCCUCCCGUCUAAACGUUCAUAUUCUUUUAUUUUUCUCUCCUUCAUAAAGUUUGCUACCAAGCGUUGCCAUGGUGACCAUCAAUUAUUAUAUUUCAUCAGAACAACUUUUGGUUUGGCUUGGACGAUGCACUUUUUAAGAUUGAGUAUUUCACAAUAAAAGCACCAAUGGUUAUGAACACACACAUCAGCAGGUUGAUCAUGAUCAAUAUACUUUAAUUAUAAUAUAUUUCUGCAUUUUUAGACGAAUAAAAAAAAAAGUCCAACGGUUUAUUCUUAUUCAUGGAAUUUGUUUCAUUCUUUCAUUUUCCAUCCAAACAUUGACAUUUUACUCAUUCAUUUCUGUCCUUAUUAAAAAAGCUUUUGGUUUUUUUUUUUUACACUGAAUUUUUUUCUUUGAAUUUUGUGAAUUUAUGCAGACAAUUUCAUUGAAUAAAAAAAAAAUGUGUGAGCAACA